AUGGGAGGCAUCACACUGAGGCGAUUCGCACUGGAGCCGGCGUCCACACUGUUAGACCUGUUAUUGGAUGGGACAGCUGCUGACGAGGGAGGGGGCACCGCAUCUGACCGAGGUUUUUUGACGUUGAAUGAGGCUGUGUGUAAGGUGCAGGUGGAGGCGCAGGUGGAGGUGCAGGUGCAGGCGCAGGUGCAGGCGCAGGUGGAGGUGAAGGUGCAGGCGCAGGUGGAGGCACAGGUUGAGGUGCAGGUGGAGGCGCAGGUGGAGGUGGAGGUGCAGGUGGAGGCGCAGGUGCAGGCGCAGGUGGAGGCACAGGUGGAGGUGCAGGUGGAGGCGCAGGUGGAGGUGCAGGUGGAGGCGCAGGUGGAGGCGCAGGUGGAGGUGCAGGUGCAGGCGCAGGUGGAGGAGCAGGUGGAGGUGCAGGUGGAGGCGCAGGUGGAGGUGCAGGUGGAGGCGCAGGUGGAGGGGGAGGAGUCAGAUACAGACCGAGCCGAGACUGUGACAAUGAAGUUCAACCUGUUCAGGAAGCCCGAGGCGGUGGCGGCUCCGGAGCCAACGGGGGCCACCACUCCCACCAUGGCCACGCCCACUCCAGGAGUCAUGUCCACCACCGUUGAACCGGGCCCUCCCUCCAACAACACAGAGAUCAGCAAGAACGACAUGUUUGAAGAAAUCAAGACCAAAUUUAUGAAUGAAAUUGAUAAAAUUCCACUGCCUCCCUGGGCUCUGAUCGCCAUCGCUGUGGUCGCCGCCCUCCUCAUCCUCACCUGCUGCUUCUGCAUCAUCAAGAAAUGUUGCUGCAAAAAGAAGAAGAAGAAAGGCAAGAAGGGCAAAGACGGCAUGAACAUGAAGGACAUGCAGGGCGGUGAGGACGAUGAUGAAGACGAGGGAGAGACUGGACUCACUGAGGAGGAGAAGGAGGAGGAGGAGAAGGAGCAGGAGCCUCUGGGGAAACUGCAGUACUCAAUCGACUAUGACUUUGAGAACACAAAGCUGACCGUUGGGAUCCUUCAGGCUGCAGAUCUCUUGUCCAUGGACUCCGGUGGGACCUCAGAUCCUUAUGUCAGAGUGGUUCUGCUUCCUGAAAAGAAGAAGAAGUUUGACACCAAAGUUCACAAGAAAACACUCAACCCAGUCUUCAACGAGACAUUUGUAUUCAAGGUCCCUUAUGAGGAGCUGGGCGGGAAAACACUGUGCAUGUCUGUCUAUGAUUAUGACCGCUUCUCCAAACACGACGUGAUCGGAGAAAUCAAGGUUCCCAUGAACACUAUCGACCUGGGCCGGCCCAUCGAGGAGUGGAAGGACCUGGAGAGCGCCGACCAGGAAGAGCCUGAGAAACUUGGAGACAUCUGCAUAUCCUUACGUUAUGUCCCCACGGCUGGAAAACUGACCGUGUGCAUCCUGGAGGCCAAGAAUCUGAAGAAGAUGGACGCCUGUGGAUUGUCAGAUCCGUACGUGAAGAUCCAGCUACUGCAGGGAGGCAAGCGACUGAAGAAAAAGAAGACCACGGUGAAGAAGAACACCUUAAAUCCAUACUACAAUGAAUCAUUCAGCUUUGAGAUCCCACUGGAACAGAUGCAGAAAAUCUUAGUGGUGGUCACGGUGUUCGAUUACGACAAAAUCGGAAAGAACGACGCCAUCGGGAAGAUAUUUGUAGGCAGCAAGGGCACAGGGUUAGGCCUGAAGCAUUGGUCCGACAUGUUGGCCAACCCUCGGAGGCCCAUCGCACAGUGGCACGUGCUCCAACCAGAGGAGGACAUCGACGGCCAGCUGGCGGCCCUCAAUGCUAAGAAGUAA